AUGGCCGAAUUCGUCAAAUUAUCCAUCUUUGGUACCGUCUUUGAAGUUACUACCAGAUACGUGGAUUUACAACCUGUGGGCAUGGGUGCCUUUGGUCUUGUUUGCUCGGCCAAGGAUCAGUUAACAGGAAUGAGCACAGCUGUCAAAAAGAUCAUGAAACCAUUCUCUGCUCCUGUAUUAGCCAAACGCACUUAUCGAGAGCUCAAGUUACUCAAGGCACUACGACAUGAAAACAUUAUCAGUCUCAGUGACAUUUUCAUCUCACCUUUGGAGGACAUAUACUUUGUCACCGAGCUUCUUGGCACCGAUUUGCAUCGAUUACUCCAAUCGCGUCCUUUGGAAAAGCAAUUUAUACAGUACUUUUUAUAUCAAAUCUUGAGAGGUUUGAAAUAUGUGCAUUCGGCAGGCGUCAUCCAUCGUGAUUUGAAACCAAGCAACAUCUUGAUCAAUGAGAAUUGUGACCUAAAGAUCUGCGACUUUGGACUUGCUCGUAUUCAAGACCCUCAAAUGACAGGCUAUGUAUCUACAAGAUAUUAUCGAGCACCCGAAAUCAUGUUGACAUGGCAAAAAUAUGAUGUUGCAGUCGACAUAUGGAGUGCUGGUUGCAUUUUUGCCGAGAUGUUGGAAGGCAAUCCAUUGUUCCCAGGAAAAGAUCAUGUUCACCAGUUCUCAAUUAUCACCGAGCUUUUGGGCACACCUCCAGAUGACGUGAUCGCCACCAUCUGCAGCGAAAACACUCUACGCUUUGUCAAGAACCUUCCCAAACGUGAUCCUAUCCCCUUUAGUCAACGUUUUGCAGUCCAAGAUCCUGAAGCUAUCGAUUUGCUUGAAAAGAUGCUCACAUUUGAUCCUCGCAAACGUAUCAGUGCUAUGGAAGCUCUCGAACACCCUUAUCUUGCACCAUACCAUGAUCCAUCAGAUGAACCUGUUGCUGGUGAAAAAUUUGAUUGGUCAUUCAAUGAAGCAGAUUUGCCCGUGGAUACGUGGAAAGUGAUGAUGUAUUCGGAAAUCCUCGAGUUCCAUAAUGUCGAUAACGUCGAUGGUGCUCAAUAUCUCGGUACCCCAUUAACUGGCCCAAAAUUGGAGGCACAAGAUGCAGUAGCAUUUCAGCAAUAG